ACAUAAAGCUCACGAGACCCAGACGACUCGCAAUUCUCUUCGUUCAUUGCAAUUGCACCUGAAAACGUUUUGAGACUUGCACAUACUUCUCUAUUAUCCACUGGACUCCGUACACACGCGCUCCACCUUUUUCUCUCAUCUACAAGCACCGAUAACGCUACUCUUGAACAACACGCCAGCUAGAAAAGAAAAGAGCAAAUUAAAAAGAAAAUGAGAGCAGACGGCCAGAUCACCAAGGUCCACUACAAGGGCGCGGACGAGGAUUUCGUUGUCAUCCUUGAGAGUGCCGAGGCGCUCAAGAGAUGGAAGCAAGACAAGACGGUGCCGCUCGUCGACGUGGUUAACAGCUUCGACAUCUUCGUCACAGACAAACACGGCAACCAGGGCGUGCUCAGUCGUGCAUCCAAGCAGCAGCUGGAGAACGAGUUUGGAACGAAGAACGCGGACGACGCCGUCGUCGCCGUGCUGGAGAAGGGCACCGUGCAGGAGACGAGGUCGCACGAGAGGCAGGGCGGCCGUAACGAGAUGAACGGGCCGGGCAUCGCCUUGGCUGGCGGCAAUGUCCACAACUAGACAUGGAACGAGCAAACAACAAAAACCAAGGGCGGGCGUCCCUGCUCUCUCUUUCUCCCUCCCGUUAAGCCCCUCUCCACUCUUCCCCAGUCCUCUCCAUAUUCCUACGCGUAGUUUUUCAAACGUGGGAGAGGGGGAGGGGAGGGGAGGGAGGUUUACCAGCGUAGGAGGA